GGAGGAGGAGGAGGAGGAGUGAGGGAGGCUGAGCCAGCCUGCAUUAGCUCAGCUCUCAGGCACUCUCAGUCUCCGCUGGAAAGAGGAGCUGGGAGGAUGUGCGCUCUCUUACCGCGGCUCCCCACGGCACGCCGAGAAGACCGAGAGGAAUAAGGGAAGGAAGGCGAAGCGAGAGACGAGGAGUCCUCCCAGAUCAAGCUGAGGGACCACGAGGGGGAAGGGAGCCUGCUCGUUGCCCGUCCGAAGCCCCCGCGCCGUCUUGGAAGUGCCAGAGAUUUGGGCCUUUUCCUUUUCUUCUGCGUUGUUCCCUUCCACAGCCCAAGCUUUCUUCCUCCUCCUGCUUUUUACUUUCCUCCCCCGCGCCUUCCUUUCGGUGGAUAUGGACAGAAGGGUGAUUACUGCAGAGAAGCAGCAGCCGCCAGAACAUAUUUGAGCCCGUGGUGCUGGGAGCGUGGCACAGACUUUUUGUAUUUCUGUGGGUGGCGUGUGUGUGUGUGUGAGUGAGUGAGUGUGUGUGUGUGGUGGAGGUGUGGGAGGAGGGAUUGGUUUGCCUGGGGGGUUGGCUGAGGGGGUGAGUGCUCGGAUGAAGACCUCUUUUUGCCGUGACUCUCUGCUCCAUCGGGGCAGCUUGGAGACUUGGAGGUUUUGAAAUUGUAACGAACCAAGAGAAAAGAAAGAAGAGAGAGAGACACGCAUACAAAAGGAUUUAUUUCCUAUUCCGUUAGUGGAUUGUUAAACCUGAGUGGGAAGGAGAAAAAAAAUAAGGGUGGGUUGUUUUAUUUUGUUCGUAUUUUUUUUCUUAAAAAAAAAAAAAAAAUCCCUUAAGUGGAUUUGUACCAGGGUGGAAGAUAACUGGGGAUUUUUGUUGUUUGUUUUGGGAAUAGAAACUAAAAAAUGGAGACUGUAAGUAGAAGCAGCUUCCAGCCUCAUCCAGGACUGCAGAAGACCUUGGAACAGUUUCAUCUGAGCUCUAUGAGCUCCCUGGGUGGCCCUGCUGCUUUCUCAGCACGAUGGGCACAGGAGAUGUACAAGAAAGACAAUGGCAAAGACCCAGCAGAACCUGUACUGCAUCUGCCCCCUAUCCAGCCUCCUCCGGUAAUGCCUGGUCCCUUCUUCAUGCCCUCGGACAGAUCCACAGAGAGGUGCGAGACCAUCCUGGAAGGGGAAACCAUCUCCUGCUUCGUGGUGGGUGGAGAAAAGCGGCUUUGCUUGCCCCAGAUCCUGAACUCGGUGCUCAGGGACUUCUCCCUGCAGCAGAUUAAUUCGGUGUGUGAUGAGCUACAUAUUUACUGCUCCAGAUGCACUGCUGACCAGCUGGAAAUCCUCAAAGUCAUGGGCAUCCUGCCCUUCUCCGCUCCUUCCUGCGGGCUCAUCACUAAAACUGAUGCUGAGAGGCUUUGUAACGCCUUGCUUUAUGGUGGCACCUAUCCUCCCCACUGCAAGAAGGAAUUCUCUAGCACGAUUGAGCUGGAGCUCACAGAGAAGAGCUUCAAGGUGUAUCAUGAGUGCUUUGGGAAGUGUAAGGGACUCCUGGUGCCAGAGCUUUACAGUAACCCUAGCGCUGCCUGCAUCCAGUGCUUGGACUGCAGGCUGAUGUACCCACCUCACAAAUUUGUGGUCCACUCUCACAAAUCGCUGGAAAACAGGACUUGCCACUGGGGCUUUGACUCUGCAAACUGGAGAUCCUAUAUCCUCCUCAGCCAGGAUUACACUGGGAAAGAGGAGAAAGCUAGACUGGGCCAGCUCUUAGAUGAAAUGAAAGAAAAAUUUGACUAUAACAACAAAUACAAGAGGAAAGCCCCCAGGGUCCCUUCAGAUCCUCCUGCUUCCAAAAAGCCCAAAAUAGAUGACUCUGCUUCCCAAUCUCCAGCUUCUACUGAGAAGGAAAAACAGUCCAGUUGGUUGCGGUCCUUAUCCAGUUCAUCUAAUAAGAGUAUCGGCUGUGUCCAUCCUCGGCAGCGUCUCUCAGCUUUCCGGCCCUGGUCCCCUGCUGUAUCCGCAAACGAGAAAGAGCUCUCAACCCAUCUCCCCGCACUGAUCCGGGACAGUUUCUACUCCUACAAAAGCUUUGAGAAUGCUGUGGCCCCCAACGUGGCGCUUGCACCUCCGGCCCAACAGAAAAUUGUGAGCAACCCCCCCUGUGCCACAGUGGUGUCCCGGAGCAGCGAGGCCCUGAGCAGCACUGUCCAGCCGCGGAAAAGAAAACUUGCUGCUGAGAACACGGCUCUCCCCGAGCCAGCCGCCACUGUCGCGGCCACUGCUACUGCCACCGAAGAGGAUAAGGAAUCAGAAGCAGAAAUUGAAGUAGAAACCAGGGAAGAAUUCACCUCCUCCUUAUCCUCGCUCUCCUCCCCAUCCUUUACUUCAUCCAGCUCUGCAAAGGACAUGAGCUCACCUGGGAUGCAAGCCCCAGUCGCAGUCAGCAGUUCAUACGAGGUUGCAACACAUUCUGACUCUCACAGCAGCGGGCUGGAGGCUGAGCUGGAGCACCUAAGGCAGGCCCUGGACAGUGGCCUGGACACAAAAGAAGCCAAAGAAAAAUUCCUCCAUGAAGUUGUUAAAAUGAGAGUGAAGCAGGAAGAGAAGCUAAAUGCUGCCUUGCAAGCCAAACGCAGUCUACAUCAGGAACUGGAGUUCCUAAGGGUGGCUAAGAAAGAGAAACUGAGAGAAGCAACAGAGGCGAAGCGCAACUUAAGGAAAGAGAUUGAACGUCUGAGAGCUGAGAACGAGAAGAAAAUGAAGGAAGCCAACGAGUCUCGGAUACGACUGAAGAGGGAACUGGAACAAGCCAGGCAGAUCCGGGUGUGUGACAAGGGCUGCGAAGCGGGCAGGCUGCGGGCCAAGUACUCGGCCCAGAUCGAGGACCUACAGGUGAAGCUCCAGCACGCGGAAGCUGACAGGGAGCAGCUCCGAGCUGACCUGAUGCAUGAAAGGGAGGCUCGGGAACACUUGGAAAAAGUAGUCAAGGAACUUCAGGAACAACUGUGGCCUAAAUCAAGCAGUCAGCCCGGCAGCGAAAACACAGCGAGCAACAUGGAGAACUAAAGCACCACCACCUCGUCUCGUACACACCCAGGCUGGCCUGUCUGCACAGUAAGGGAGGACGUGUGGGGUACGUGUGUAAGUGCAUGUGUGAGUAGUUGUGUCUUGGCACACAGACCUAGGAAUAUGGAUUCGUAGUAGUUGGAAGGCAAAUGUUACUCGUUAUAACAGAAGCACUGAAUUACGCCUCUUUUUUUUUUUUCCCAGUCCAUAUAGCACAACGUCUUACUGUGCCUAUAAAACACAAAGUGUUUAUAAACAAAAUACUUUUAAGUCCACAGCAAAUUUUCUACUGGCAAACUCCAAGCAAGCAGCAUCGUCCAACUAAAAUCAGAGUCAAAGGCGAGCAUGGCCGUGUUUUUAUGUUGCCCUUCUGCCUGUUGGGACAUUUUGGAAUUUAAAAAACAAACAAACUUUUCUUAUAAGCUAUUUAAAAUAAUUCAUUACACAGACUUGGUAUUAAAAAAUUAACAAGAUUUUUAUAAUGAACCUUUAAAAGCAAAACAAAAGAAACCUUCGAUGCACAAUUUUUAAGGACUUGUUAUAGGCGCUGGGAUUCUCCACGUAGAAGCCCUCUGGUGAUGAUGCCAUUUCAUUAGCAGUUUUCCAGCCAUCUAGGAAGCCAUCACAGUUCUAAGCCCGUCACGUGGUUGUAUGAAUUUCCGAGUACUUUUCAAAGUUGAUUUUUUUCCUUAGCAAGAAUUAUCUUCAUUUCCUGUCCUGAACACAAGAAGAAAGGAAGAUGCAGGAUUGUAAAGGGGGGAGGGGAAUAGGUAUGCUUUAGAAUUACAAACCCAGCCUUACAGACCCGUGUUUGCAACUCACACCAUCUUUUCUAAAGACAUCUUCAUUAAUUGAUGUGUUCAAAAGACUGACUUCAUCCAAGAGCACUUCAGCUUUAGGAAAAGACAGAUGGAAAUAAAAGAAGGAAAUGGAUGAUCUGUUAAGUUGGUUGAGAAAUAAAGCAGAAGACAUACACGUUCUGAAGUCAUUCUGAAAUCUUACUUCAGCUUUCAGUUUUCUGGAAGACUCAUCUUUGUUGCACCAUCUUACCAUAAAUUCAGUAUUUACCUGCUUUUAUUAUGAACUGUCAGUCAGGAUUUCUGUGCCCAAGGAGAGUGCAACAUCGCAUUACCGGAUACUACAGAAAAGAAAAAAACAUUUUUGCUGCUGUGAAUAAGCCUACAUCGUUUUUUUUUU